UAAUUCGCGUAAAUUCUCGACCAAAAGUGAACCUCCAAGGCAGCUAUGACGGCGGAAAGAUGUCGCAAAAAGCAUCCGAAACUCCCAACAACAGCAGCAGAGUGCAGAAGAUAACGGAGAAAUUUGAAACGCUGAUAACAACGCAGCAGCCGCUGCCGAAGAAGAUUUAUCCACACACGCAACAGCAGCGCCAGAGGAACGCUCAAUCCGUCCAGCUUCCAUCGCCGUUACGCGGUGAAACAGGUUUCCAAGGCAAUCAUGAACAGCGUCCUACCGCGGUGGAUCUGCGUGAACAUCAGGAAUCUAGACGGGGAAUCAAGCGCUCACAAGCAUUUCGUCAUAGUUCGACCCAGGCGGCCACGACUAACGGAGACACGGUCGCGAGCAACCCCACCCCACAGUUGCUGCACUCGGAAAGUAUUCGCGAAGCGCUCAAUAAACCCCUUCCGGAAGGGCCACCGCCGGAGAAGCCACCGCGACGGCCUGCUCGUCCCGGAGAGCGUUCCGAGGUUCAUACAAACCAACUCGAAGACGAUGUGAACCUGCUGAUUGAAGCCGCCUUCCAGGAACCGGAAAAGGGGCACACACAUGAGUCACAAUCUGGGGAGCAGAUUUUACUGAAACGGCCGGUUAGCGAGGAGCACAGGAAGCGGUUGCGUCGGUUGUCUCGAUGCGCGGAACUGAAUGAUUACACACGCCAAUACGGAACCAUACGGGUGUAUGAUACGGUUGACGGUGAUAGACGACAUGCUUCGCCAGGGUCUUCCAUGUCGGUCGAGUGUGAUGACGAUGAGUUCAAAAAGAGUGAUACCAAAGGCCUUAUCAAACAUUACAAUAAGCUAAGUGAGAAGAACGGAAGGAAAGUCGUUGCAGUGCCGGCGCCAACGCUCUACGAGUACUGUAUCGUAGUGGGCUACGAUUUGCUGAAGAAUCGUCCUUACGUGAAGAGCAAAUAUCCGCCACAGAGGCAACCGCACAAGCAAAUCGAAGAGUUCGUUUACCCCGACAACGGAGCACUGGUCCGCCAGUGCGACCAGGAGUACUGUAUCAUUCUAACCGACUAUCCGCAACGAUAUUAUGGUUUCUGCCGGCGAGUGCUUCCGGAAUCGUCGGAAUUUUGCAUUCCGCUCACCUACUGCAUAGUAACGAAGCACCAUGAACCAAAAGUGUUCUAUCAGCUGCUGCAGUGCAUAGAAGGCCAGCAUGGAAACGGCCGGAUGGCCGAGAAGCUGAUGAAGCAGUUUCACGAGCAAGGGCUACCAUCGGCCGGUGAAAGUCUGCAAAUAACGCUGCCUAGCAACCACGAGGAAUCAUACGCGCAGACAGUCGAUUCAAUUACUAUAAGCCGUCCCAAAGAUUUACGCUUAGAGAAAACGGAACUGUUCGAUAUUUUCCGGUGCCUCGGACCAGAUGGGCUGAUACAGGUGUUUGAGUGUUUGCUGCUGGAAAAGAUGGUGAUUCUAUUCAGCGAGCACCUGUCGCAAUUGAGCUCGUGUAUCCUGGCCCUCCUGUCAAUACUCUACCCAUUCCAAUGGCAACACAUUCUCAUCACAAUCGUGCCGGACGAUUUGCAACAAGUGCUGGAAGCACCGGUACCCAUGCUUGCUGGUACGUUACAGCCGGUACCCGAGGAACUGUGGCAAGGGUCGGCUGAUGCUUGCUAUGUGAAUCUAGACCGCCGAACCGUCCGAAUGGCUAGGAAAGAGCGAUGCUCAAUGCUGCCAAGCGAACUGAAAAACCCGCUACGGGUUUCGCUAGAACUCGUGAAGAUAUUUGAAGAUGCUAAGGAUCUAUCCAGUGUAUUAAUUGGGGGUGCAUUUGUGCGAUUUUUUAUUGAACUCUUCUCCACUCUCGACACCCAAUCGUAUGAGAAAACACAAUUUCUGGAACAAUUCAAAAAUCCGGAAACGCGGCUGUUUCUCAAUUGUUUUCUCGAAACGGUUAUGUUUGCGGAUUUUCGGGAACGUUGGCACGCCUCGAAACUAUCCGCAACGACUCCAACCAACGACGGAUUCGAUUACACGUUAUUCAACUCGAAAAUCGCGGAAAAAUCGCAAAACCGCUACUGGCACACAGCCAACUUCGAUGAGGUGGUCGCCAACUCGAAGCUGAUCGAAAGAAAAGGAAAAACUUUUAUGGAGAAGGUGCGCAAAUUGAUGAAGAAAUCCUGACGCGCUGGCUCACCUUCGCGGUGUUUCCAAGCGAAACCGUGUUUAAUUUUAAAGAGCAAUAACGCCAUCACUACGCAAAACCCAUGUGGUCGAAGUAAUCCAAAUUCUUAGCAAGCCAUGACCAGUAAUUAGCAAAAAAAAAACAUAAAAAUAAAGAAAACAUGAAGAGUCGAGAAUGUAAUGAAAAAUCGAAAUUGGAUUCGUACUGGAUGUAAGUGCGUUUUACUAGCUUUUAUACAAUCAAAUUAGUGAUAAAAUAAAUCUUUU